UUGCUUCCGUGUGUUGUUGCUAUUGGUAUAGCAAUUUUGUUUUUAUUGCGCACUCGAAAUUGUUUUGUUAUUUGCUGGCGAUACGAUGCGAAAAACGCUCUUCAGAUGGUGCGAAAUUCGGUUUAGUCCAAGCUAGUCGCUCGUCGCGCGUUAAUGUAAAUGCAAAUGUGUGUGUAUGCUUGCGAUCGCAGUCGUAAGUAACUGUUGAAUGCAAUUUGGCAAUUGCAGUUGCAACUUAGCAAACGGCAAGCUUUGUGAAUGAGAAGCGCAUUAAGAACUAAAAGCAAGCCAAUUAACAGCCAGCCACUAAGAAAUGUCGCUUUUUGUGGAGUAUACGGAGCCGAUGUGGCGCCAUCUGAAUAUGCGCGCGCUGUCCGUCGACCAGUUUUACCUGUACCUGCACUCGGAGUUCAGCAGCCAGACCCACCUGUACUCGCUGUCCGAUGAAUGCUACACGUGUCCGUACACCAAAGUGAAAGCUCUGCCCGCUGCCGACGUCGCUGCCGGCGUCGCUAAACCGUUACGUUUGAGUUCGGCGUUUUCGCUGAAUUUCAAAAUAUUCGAACACGAUCACGGUCACUAUGCUUACGACAAUGUCUCGUCCCUCUGUUGGCUGCGUCGCAGCGAUCUACAGGAAUUCGGCGUCUACAACCUGACCCUCCAAGCGAAUGGCACCUGUGCCUUUGCCGUGGACAAGCCGGGCGUACCAAUUAAUUACGCUUUCAUUGCCGUUUUCGUGCUGGUUGCCGCCCUGCUAAUCGCCCUCAAGCUGGUGAGCUGCGCCUGGCGUUGCUAUCGCUAUGACGAGGCCACCGCCGCCGCCAACAGCAUCGGCGAAGCCGCCACCAAAGCCACACAGAGGAAGCGCCUCCGGAGCCUGGACACCUUCCGCGGCCUUUCGAUUGUUCUGAUGAUCUUCGUAAACAGCGGUGGCGGUGGCUACGCCUGGAUCGAGCAUGCGGCCUGGAACGGACUGCACUUGGCUGACGUGGUCUUCCCCUCGUUCCUCUGGAUCAUGGGCGUCUGCAUACCGCUCUCCGUCAAAUCGCAACUUUCCCGUGGUAGCAGCAAGGCGAGGAUUUGUCUGCGCAUACUGUGGCGAUCGAUAAAGCUCUUCGUCAUUGGCCUGUGCCUCAACUCGAUGAGUGGGCCGAAUCUGGAGCAACUGCGUUUCAUGGGCGUGCUGCAGCGAUUCGGAGUGGCUUACCUGGUAGUUGGCGUUCUGCAUACGUUGUGCUGUCGCAGGGAGCCCAUUAGUCCGCAGAGAUUAUGGCAGCGUGCCGUCCACGAUGUGUGCCUGUUCAGCGGAGAGUUGGCUGUGCUGCUGGCCCUGGUGGCCACCUAUUUGGGCCUGACCUACGGCCUACGCGUGCCCGGUUGUCCGCGCGGCUAUCUGGGACCGGGCGGCAAACACGAUUACAAUGCCCAUCCAAACUGCAUUGGUGGUGCGGCGGGCUAUGUGGACCUACAGGUGCUGGGCAACGCGCACAUCUACCAGCAUCCCACGGCCAAGUACGUCUACGACUCGACAGCAUUCGACCCAGAGGGUAUAUUCGGCUGCAUCCUGAGCGUUGUGCAGGUGCUACUCGGAGCCUUUGCGGGCGUUACCCUGCUGGUACAUCCCAACUGGCAGUCGAGAAUCCGUCGCUGGACGUUCCUUGCCAUUCUGCUGGGCCUCAUUGGCGGUGCUUUGUGCGGAUUCUCGCGUGAGGGUGGCGCCAUUCCCGUGAACAAGAACCUCUGGUCGCUGUCCUUCGUCUGCGUCACGGUCAGCUUGGCCCUGUUGAUCCUCUCGCUUCUGUACUACUUCAUCGACGUGCGGGAGACGUGGAGCUGGUCGGGCUAUCCCUUCACCGAAUGCGGCAUGAACGCCAUUGUUAUGUACGUGGGGCAUUCCGUGCUGCACAAAAUGCUGCCCUGGCACUGGCGAAUCGGCGAGAUGAACACGCACUUCAUGCUCCUGCUGGAGGCCACGUGGAACACCCUGGUCUGGGUGGGCAUCGCACUGUAUCUGGACGCGCAGGAGUUCUACUACAGCGUGUAGGGCGACAAGAAUAACCAUAUGCACAAUUCAAUUGCCAAAUAAAUUAGAAACUAUGCUAUCAUAGCACAAAGACCAUGAGAGAUGUUUAGUGUUUGUGCAGUAAUUCCGAAUUUUGUUCGCUGUACGAACGCAAAUCAAUAUCAAUAAAAGUAAAUAUAAAUCUGACCAAGAUAAA